AUGUCGAACCGUUUCGUCCCGAUUGAACCAGCUGUUCUUAACGAUGGUACUAACGGCAUGGAGGCAUUGCCGAUGGUUUGGGUUUGGGACGUCUAUCUAUGCGGAUGCGCCAUCUCUCGACCAAUGGAUCUCACAGAUGCACCAGAACGUCCAAAAUACAAACUGAAGGGCGAACUUUGUCCGUUGAGAGAUUGUGACCCUUGCAAACAUGCCGUAGAGUUCCUUGGCGAGGCCGUAAACAUCUAUGGAGAGCAAUAUAUGGAUGUACUUGUCCGGGAUCUCAAGCACAAAUGGGUAAUAGCCAGGGGGCCUGAUGCUUUCGUCGACGGCGACAAUCCUCCUCCCGAAAAGACACCUUUCUGGCUUCUCGCAAGUAUUUGGGAUCAAACGACGCUGAAAGAAUUUCAUGGCGGGAUUUAUGACGAAGCUAGGAACAGGGGAUUUAUUUUUUAA